CGCCACAGCAGGCUUCCCACUCGACCCACCCAUGUCUGUUGUUUGAAACAAGACUCAACAAGCGGUGGUGGCCGGCAAGCGGCGCUGGGGAUGCGAUGGCGGUGGCACUUGCAUAUGUACGUAACGUAUGGAACUUCAACGGACGGCUGUGCUCGCUAUCCACCAAUUGGCGAGCCCGUCGUAAUAGCGUUCUGGCCCAGCUGCAUUCUCAAAACGCCUCCUUGGUUUCGUGCCUCCCAGAUUCCCAUAUUCCCACGGAGCUUUCCCACCGCCUGAUUCUGAAUCGUAUAUAAGCUGCCGGGUUUCUCGUCCGUCCUCUGCUCACGCUCAGCAAGACUAUCCUUUCUCGAACGACCCUCUUUCUUCGUUCUUUACAUACCAAGUUCAACCGUCUUCUCCUGCUCACAGCGCUAGUUCCCGAAGCACAGUCAGACUAAAAUGCGCUCAGCAUUCCUCUUUGCCGCCGCGGCGACGCUGGCAUCGCUAUCUACAUCCUUCGGCGCCCCGCUCAUCGGCGUUCCACCAUCGGACUACCCAUCGAACAACGUGGCUAGCCAAGCUCAGCAGAUCCAGUCCUCUGGUUCUGGCGUUGAGAUCGUCGACGUUGGCGCACCGAACGUUUCAAGCCAAAGCUCAACUCCAUCUGCUACCACGGCCGCUACCGGAGGCGUCGAAGUAGUUGCCAACGCUGAUUCCACCGCGGCUUCUUCCACGUCUUCCACCGACGCAUCUGCUAGUGCGACAUCCGCGGCCGUGGAGGUUGUGGCUGUCAACUCUGAAUCUGCGUCUGCUGCCAUCACAACUGCUACCGAAUCUGCUUCAGCUGCCAUCACAACUGCUACCUUCUCUGGCGACCAGACCACCGCUACAUUCGGAGGCGUCACAGACGCAACCUUCACAGCGUCCGCUUCGGCAGGUGUGUCCGGAGAUGUUGUUACCGUCACGUUUCUCGCCGACCCAAGUGUUGCCACCCAAACCACCUUCGUCGCCAACCAAGCGGCAUCUACUACCGCCGACUCAUCCAAUGUCAACUCUGCGGCCUCAUGCGCUGCCGCCGCCACAGUUACCGAAACUACGACCGUUGGCAGCAAUGGAAGUGGGAAUGGUCAUGGAAAUGGUGGCUAUGGUGGCUAUGGUGGCUCGGGAGGCGCGACAGAGACCGUGACAACUACCGAGACCGUCAACAACGGCGCAAACGCAGCCGCCACUGAAACCGUUACCCACACGAUGAUCGAGACCACCACUGUCGGCGGCGACAAGGCACUAGCCACGGAAACCGUCACCCACACCAUGACCGAGACCGAGACCAAGACCGUCGGCGGCGACAGGGGAAUGGGAAUGGGAGCUACCGAGACAGUUACCCACACAAUGACCGAGACCAAGACCGAAGCCGCUGCUAGCGUCGCCCCCGAGACGAUCACUCAGACUGCCGAAGCCCAGACCGUCACCCAGACCGAAACCGCUGCCGCUGAUGCCCAAACAGUUACGCAUACCAUGACCGAGACCAAGACGGAAUCUGCGAACGUCGCAGCAGCAACGGUUACCCACACGAUGACCGAGACCAAGACGGAGACCGCCAAUGCGGCUGCAGCGACGGUUACGCACACUAUGACUGAGACAAAGACGGAAACUGCUGCCGCCGGUGCGAAGACAGUCACGCACACCAUGACUGAGACCAAAACCGAGAGCGCCGCGGCCCUCACCGUCACCCAGACUGCCCUCCAGACUGUUAGCGCCGCGCAAGCCACAGUCACGCACACCAUGACCGAGACCAAAACCGAGAGCGCCGCUGCCCUCACCGUCACACAGACUGCCCUCGAGACUGUCAGCGCCGCGCAAGCGACAGUCACUCACACCAUGACCGAGACCAAGACCGAGAGCGCCGCUGCCCAGACCGUGACCCAGACUGCCCUCCAGACCGUCAGCGCCGCGCAAGCCACAGUCACGCACACCAUGACCGAGACUAAGACCGAGAGCGCCGCUGCCCAGACCGUGACCCAGACUGCCCUCCAGACCGUCAGCGCCGCGCAAGCCACCGUCACGCACACCAUGACCGAGACCAAGACCGAAAGCGCUGCCGCCGUCACGCAAACUGUCGAGAUGGUGAAAACCGUUGAGAUGGUGAAAACCGUCGAGAUGACCCAAACCGUCACCGUCCAAGCCUCUGCAACAACCGCCGCUGCAGAACAGAACAAGUACAACCAGCACAAUCAAAACCGGUAUGACCAAGCGAAGGCCGCCGAACAGGCCAAGAUGGCGCACAGGAAGAAGUACGGAUACUAG